AAUAUAUUAAAUGUAGGACGCUUAGAAACUUCAAAAAUUAUCUUAACUUCCUAAAAACUUUUCAGAUUGGCAAGUAGGAGAUGAUUAUGAGAUAAUAAAAUAAAUAGGAUCAGGAUCAUAUGGAUAAGUCGUAGAGGCAUUGUAAAAAUCUACAAAUAGGAAAGUUGCUAUAAAAAGGUUGAUUAUAAUACAUAUAUUUAAGAUUAACAGGAAUAUUUGAUGAUGAAAUUGAUUGUAAAAGAAUAUUAAGAGAAAUAUGCAUUUUGAGAGAAUUAAAGCACCAAAAUUUAAUUCAAAUAAUAGAAAUUCUUGAACCAUAAGAUCCUAAAUCUUUUGAUACUAUCUAUGUUGUAAUGGAAUAUGCUCAAGUAAUAAAUUUAAGUAUCAAAGAGUGACCUUAAGAAAUUAUUCAAGUCACCAAUUCAUUUAUAAUUUCUACACAUAUAAACAAUAAUUUAUAAUAUUUGUGUGGGACUUAAGUAUUUACAUUCUGCUAAGGUUUUACAUAGAGAUUUAAAGCCAGCAAAUGUAUUAUUAAAUGAAGAUUGUACUGUUAAGAUUUGUGAUUUUGGAUUAGCUAGAAGUGUUUAGGGUAAAUCGAUAGAUUUUUAUAUUUAAGGAAUUGAUACUACAGAUUAAGCAUUAGAAGAAGAACUUGCUAGAUAAUAAGAGGAACCUAAAAAGAAAGAUGAAAAAAAAGGACCUAGAUUGCUUUAAAAAUAAAAUAAAUUAAAUGCAAAAGCAGUAAAAAGAGAAUUAACCGGUCAUGUUGUAACAAGAUGGUACAGAGCCCCAGAAGUUAUUUUAUUAGAAAAAGAUUAUACAGCUGCUAUUGAUGUUUGGUCAGUUGGUUGUAUCUUUGCAGAAUUAUUAAAUAUGAUGAAAGAAAAUGCCCCAACAUUUUUAGAUAGAGCUCCAUUAUUCCCAGGAACAAGUUGUUUUCCUCUUAGUCCUGAAAGGAGUGCUAUAGCAAAAAAAGGAGGAUUUCCUUAUUCAAAUACUGAUCAACUCACUGUCAUCUUUUCUGUAUUAGGAACACCUGCAGAAAAGUAUUAUAACAAUUAAUUUAUAUAGAGAUAUGGAUUUUGUUACUGAUAAAAAAGCUAUUGAAUAUUUGAAAAGUUUCCCUAAAAAACCUAAAGUUGCUUUUGUUGAAAUAUUUCCAGGAGCACCUCCUGAAGCUUUGGAUUUUCUUGAAAAAUGUCUUUAAUUUAGUCCAAAAAUUAGAAUUACUUUAGAUCAAGCUAUUGAACAUUAAAUGCUUCAAAAAGUUAGAGAUAAAAAAAAAGAAAUUGUUGCACCUGGUAUAUUAUAAAAUAAUUAAAUUUUUAGGACCUAUUUAUUUAGAUUUUGAAUAAGAAGGUGAUUUAUAAAUUCCAAGAUUAAGAGAAUUAUUCUUAAGAGAAAUUUCAAAAUAUAAACGUUGAAUCAGUGGG